CAGGUCGUCCUCGCCGCAAGCAUCGUCACCAAGAGCGGCAAGCCGCUCCUGUCGCGGCAAUUCGUCGGCCUCCCUCGGCCACGCCUCGAGUCGCUCCUGUCGUCGUUCCCGCGCCUCGUGUCGCCGACGAGCGAGCACACGGUCGUCGAGGCGUCGGGCGUCCGCUUCGUCUACACGCCCCUCGAGGACCUCUACGUCCUCCUCAUCACCAACACCCAGUCCAACAUCCUCCUCGACCUGUCGACCCUGUCGCUCAUCACGCGCAUCGCCACCGAGCUCGGCAGCGGCGGUCGCGGCGGCGCCAUUGGCGAGCUCGACGUCAUGCGCGUCAACUUUGAGAUCCUCUCGGCGUGGGACGAGGUCAUCUCGCUCGGCUGGCGCGAGAACGUCAACCUGCAGCAGGUCCGCAGCAUCCUCGAGAUGGAGUCGCACGAGGAAAAGAUCCAGGAGAUCAUCGCCAGGAACAAGGAGCACGAGGCCAAGGAGGAGCUCAAGCGUCGUGCGCGCCAGCUCGAGACGCAGCGCCGCGAGAUGACCCGCCGCGGCCAGAACCCGUACGCCAACCCGGCCGCGCCCAGCAGCUACUCGGCCGUCCCCUCGUCGUACAACCCGCCGACCGGCGGCCCGUCCUACUCGGGGUCGAGCUACGACGCACCGCCGGCCGUGGCCGCCGCCAAGCCGUUCAAGGGCAAGGGCAUGCAGCUCGGCGGCGCAAAGGGCCGCAAGAACAACGACGACCUCGCGGCGGCGCUCGGCGGGCUCAGCGUCGACGACGGCGACCUGCCGCUCCUCCAGCACCAGCAGCACCAGCAGGUCGAGCACGAGGCGCCUGCGUCUGCGGCGCACUCGUCGCAGCAGUACCAGCCGCCGGCACCGGCAACGCCGGCCAAGGACGCCAACCCGUUCGGAGAUGUCGAGCAGGGCGACGUCCACCUCGUCGUGCGGGAAGCGCUCUCGCUCGCCCUCAACCGCGACGGCGGCAUCUCGUCCCUGUCGCUCAAGGGCGACCUCGACCUGCGCAUCAACGCCGCCGACUUUGCCGCCGUCGUCCUGCGACUGCCGUCGCCGGCGUCGGGCGCGUACCCGAAAGCCAACGACCUCCAGUUCAAGACGCACCCGAACGUCGACAAGGCGGCGUGGGCGCAGCGAGGCGAGAUCCGCCUCAAGGAGGGCAAGAAGGGCUUCCCGGUCGGGCAGGGCCUCGGCGUGCUCAAGUGGAGGAUGACCGGGACGGACGAGAGCGUCGUGCCUUUGUCGAUCAACUGCUGGCCGUCGGCCGACUCUGGGUCGCUCACCGUCAACCUCGAGUACGAGCUCGAGAACCCGUCCCUGUCGCUGCACAACGUCGUCAUCUCGAUCCCGCUCCCCGCCGGCGCCGAGCCGUCCAUCUCCGAGGCGCCCGCACACGGCUCGUACGCCAUCAACCCGCACUCGGGCCACCUCGAGUGGACGAUCGACGAGGUGAGCGAGGCGGCGGGCACGGCGAGCGGCAGCCUCGAGUUUGAGGCCCAGGGCGACGACGCCGACGCGUGCUUCCCCGUCGCGAUCGACUUUGUCAGCCAGAAGAGCAUGUGUGGCGUCGAGGUGCGUCUCCCUCUUUCUCUUUCUCUCGCGCGGGCCCCCUCUCGAGCGGCGCGCCUGACCUCGCCCUUCUCCUACCUCGUGCAGGUCCUCGGCGUGUCCAACCCAGCGACGGACAGCGCCUCGGUCGAGUACUCGCUCGACUCGCUCCUCGGCGUCGACCGCUACGAGGUCGUCUAG